CGCGAUGCGUUUCUGAGCUAUUCCUCCGUCCUUCGUCCUUCGUCUCAUCACGUCGUUCUUCGUCCUUCCGUCGUCUUCGUUCUCUUCUCUUCAAGCAGCGGCGCCACCCCCCCGGGGCGGACGAUCUAUUGCAGUUCCAGCGUACCGGGGUGGUCUAGGGUUUCGCGGUUCGCUCGGCGUGGCGAGUACCUGCGUACGCUAUGGACGAACGAGGAAUGAAAAUGGUCCACAGAGAAGACAAAGGAACAAGCAAAAGGAGGUCUGAGCUGGAGGAGUAUGAAGAUCGUUAUUAUCAAGAAUUGAAGGGACAUUAUAUCAGGAUCAAAGUUUCAGAUUCACAUUAUAGGUGUCCAUACUGCAGAAGUGCACGUGAUUAUCUCUUUGAGGACCUUUUAAAGCAUGCCUCACGCAUAUCGAAGAAUUUAAAAGGGACAAGUACUAAGGAGAUUGCCAAGCACUUGGCAUUGGAGAGAUACAUAAGAAAAUACUUCUCUAGUAAAGUUAAUGCCGAAAAUUCUUCCAACAUAAGACUCUCUUCAGCUAAGGACGAUCAGCAGUUAACACUCUCUUCAGCUAAGGACGAUCAGCAGUUAACACUCUCUUCAGCUAAGCACGAUCAGCAGUUAACACUCUCUUCAGCUAAGAACGAUCAGCAGUUAACACUCUUUUCAGCAAAGAACGAUCAGCAGUUAACACUCUCUUCAGCAAAGAACGAUCAGCAGUUUGUCUGGCCCUGGAUGGGUGUAAUUGCAAACAUCGAGACUGAAGUUAAGGAUGGAAGAUAUGUUGGGGAGAGUGGUACCAAAAUUAGGCAGGAGUUGGAAAAGAAAGGAUUCAACCCUGUGAGGGUGCAGGCCUUAUGGAACUAUCGGGGUCAUUCGGGACUAGCAGUUGUUGAGUUUAAUAAAGACUGGGUGGGCUUCUGUAACGCCAUAGCUUUUGAGAAAAGCUAUGCGAUUGAGCGCCGUGGGAAGAGGGACUUUUAUGUCUCCAGGGACAGGGGAGACAAGUUGUUUGGUUGGUUGGCACAUGAUGAUGAUUACUAUUCGAGAGGCAUAUUGGGAGACCACCUUAGAAAGAAAGGGCACUUGCGAACUUUGUCCGAUAAAGAGGCAGAAGAACAACGCCAACGGUCAAUGCUUGUUGCUGACUUACAGAAGACGCUGGAGAUCAAGAGCUCGCGACUUAUGGAGAUGGAGAGCAAGUAUGAAAAAACAAAGCAUUCCCUCGACAAUUUAGUGACACAAAAGGAUGAAAUGCUGAGGGCUCAUAAUGAAGAAAUAAGAAAGAUGCAGCAGAUUGUCCGGGAUCAUCUUGCGAAGAUAUACCUGGAGCAUGACAAGGUGACACAGCAUUUGCAAGCUCAAAAACACGAGCUUCAGCAGCAGGAAGAAGAGUUGGAAUUGCGAGAAUUUCAAAAUGAAGGCAAGAGGGCAAAGCUUAGACAUGAUAAGGAAAUGGUUGAAAGGGCAUUUUUGGAGCAGCAGAAAGCAAACGAUAAUUUCUUGAGGCUGGCAGAAGAUCAGAAGAGAGAAAAGGAGAAACUUCACAGGAAAAUUUUUGAGCUCGAAAGAGAACUCGAUGAUAAACAAUCGUUGGAAUUGGACAUUGAGCGCUUGAGAGGUGCUCUGCAAGUCAUGAAACACAUGGAGGAUGAUGAUGAUGUGGACCUUAAACAGAACAUGGAGGAGAUUGAGGAAAGUUUAGAGGCAAAGGAAGAACUGAGAAAAGUGCUUACUGUUAAGCAUUGGACGACCAAUGUCGAAUUGCAGGAUGCUCGCAAGGAGCUGAUUAAAACUUUCCAGAAUAAUACAAGUCGUGCCCAGAUUUGGGUCAAAAGAAUGGGAGAACUUGACAGCAAGCCGUUCCUCGUAGCAGCAAAAAGAAAAUAUGCCGCGAAAGAAGCAAAUGUAAUGGCAGUGACACUCUGUUCUGAGUGGGAAAAACUUCUAAGAGAUCCAGGAUGGUACCCCUUUAAAGGCAUAACAGAGGGAGAGAAUCGCAAGGAAAUUAUUGAUGAAGAAGAUGAAAAGCUAAAAGCCCUUAAGGAUGAGUAUGGUGAAGACGUCUUCAAGGCAGUAUCAAAGGCCCUCGAAGAGAUCACUGAGUACAAUGGCAGUGGCAGGUACACCGUGCCUGAGCUAUGGCAUUCUAGAGAAGGAAGAAGAGCAUCUCUCAAAGAGGGAGUUGCUUACCUUCUCAAGCUGUGGAAACCCCAAAAGAAGAAGAAUUAGAGACUCUUAAUGUACUCAGGUGGGCAGUCUGGCAUCUUCAUCCUCCUACUUGUUGCGGAUACACAUCUCAGGAUGCAGUUGUUGAGUCCAGAUACUUGAUUUCUAAAGCUGACUGAGUGUAGAUUCUUGAAGUAGAAUUAGGCCAUUCAAAAUAGGCGUACUUGCUGUUUCGUUCAAUUAGACUGAAGGGGAAAAAACCAAACUUUCCUUUGACUUUUGACAGGAGCUCUCAUGGAGUAUUUAUGAGAUGUAUUUACAAUUUGAUUCUUUCAUAGACGACCAUAGCUGCAUCCUUUGCUCUGUGCAAACCCACAAGAAAAUUCUCAGUGGAUGACGGUAUUGCUGUGUUCUCUUAGUUUUUGUGUCGUAUCUAUUCGAAACGAUCUCAAGAAGUUGUCUAGAAAUGAGUGGCUUCUGGCUAUGGGUUUUCGGAUAACGCUCAUCUUGGUAGAUCGCAAGGUGUGGGAUUGUGAAAACUGAGUGUGGCCUGCGUAGCUCUGCUUGGGAAUCCUCAAAAUCCUACUUAUCUUGGGUUGUCGUGUUUCUAAAAUUUUAUGGAGGAAUUCGUCUUGGCCGAUAGAUUUGGAAGAUGGAGGGAAUGAACCCCAUCCGCGAGUGGAUGAAAUGGAACUCCUACAUGCUGAUACAGGCAAAUCCACUAAAUGGCGUGCAGGAAUUUUCCCAUGUCUGGUAGCGUGAUACGGGCACCCUAUCAGGAUGGCCAGGAAUCAGGCUAUUAAGAAUGGUGGGAAAACAAAAUUGACAGGAACUAGCGAGUAGCGACAAGAGUAUUCGUCGAUUCUGCUCCGAACAUGUCGAUGCGUGGGUUGCUGGUGAUGCUGUGCCGAAGAAGAGAUACAAAAAUGGUUUCCUCCUCUGGAAGAAGUUGGAGCGAGAAUAAAAUCAACUGGGGCGCAUCUUCCAAGAACAAAAUAAGACUCGAGCUACCGAGUGUAUUUGUUGGCGUUGUGGUUGGAAUAUGUGCAAUGUUACCGAGCAAAUGAAAAGAAUGGCUGUAGGUAUUUGCAGGGAAAAUUGUUAAACUUAUCCUAUGGCAACCAGUUUGUUAAUUUAGUCUUAAAUUUUUUAAUUUUACUAA